UUUGUAGUUUUCCGUCACCGAUUGUUCUUGCAGUUGGACAGAUGGCAGCUACCAUAAUGAUACUGUAUGUGUCCAAGCUAAAUAAAAUAAUUCAGUUCCCUGAUUUUGAUAAGAAAAUUCCUGUAAAGCUGUUCCCCCUGCCUCUCCUGUACGUGGGAAACCACAUAACUGGAUUGUCAAGCACAGGCAAAUUAAGCUUGCCGAUGUUCACCGUGCUCAGGAAAUUCACGAUCCCACUUACUUUACUCCUGGAAACCAUCAUACUUGGGAAACAGUAUCCGUUGAACACCGUCAUCAGCGUCUUUGCCAUCGUCCUGGGCGCUUUCGUAGCAGCUGGGGCUGACCUGGCCUUUAACCUGGAAGGCUAUAUUUUUGUAUUCCUGAACGACAUCUUCACAGCAGCCAAUGGAGUUUAUACCAAACAGAAAAUGGACCCACAGGAGCUAGGGAAAUACGGAGUGCUCUUUUACAACGCCUGCUUCAUGAUCGUCCCAACCCUCAUCCUCAGUGUCUCCACCGGAGACCUCCGGCAGGCUACUGAAUUCAACCAAUGGAAGAAUGCACUAUUUAUCAUACAGUUUCUUCUUUCCUGUUUUUUGGGGUUCCUGUUGAUGUACUCCACGGCGCUGUGCAGCUACUACAACUCGGCGCUCACCACCGCCGUGGUCGGAGCCAUCAAGAACGUAUCCAUUGCCUACAUCGGGAUGCUAGUUGGUGGAGACUACAUUUUCUCUGUGUUAAACUUUAUAGGGUUAAAUAUUUGCAUGGCAGGGGGCUUGAGGUACUCCUUUCUAACCCUGAGAAGCCAGUUAAAGCCUAAACCUGUGGACGAAGAAAACGCCCCUCCGGACUUGCAGAGGGGUGCUUAGCCGCCCGGCCCACGCGCAGGCCGGGGGCUGGGGUGGUUCCCUGACGCAGGAAAGUGGAGCAAGCAAAGGAAUGUCUGCAAAGAGCAAAGAGAAUCUACCUCACAUGCGCUGCACAAUGAGCCACUGUCGCCGGAGACGCGUGUCUGGGCAGAGCCUUACCAGCCGCAAGUGAAUCUUCUGGAGAUAAGCCCGAGGUCGACGGGAUCGUCUCCAGGGCGCUGUGUCCGUCCCUCUGCUGUCACGGCGCCGCGUGUGCUGAAGGGGAGGCCCAAGGUCGGCGCCCUGAAGGUGACAAUUUUCUCACCAGCACCUUCGCCUUCAUUUUGAAGGUCCAGCCAAAGCGGAGUGACAGCGAGAGCAUGUUGCAGUUUAAACAGACAUAUCUUU